GCCUCCCGCAGCUCAGCUCUCUCCAGAUAGAAGAAGGGCGAGGCAGACCGGUGAAGGGGCGGGAGGUUUGGACGCCUUUGCCCGCCUUUCCCCGCAAGACCUGCGACACCAGAGUGGCUCAGGGCGGCCGGCAGUACAUCGGCAAUGCUUGAGGCUAGGGAUUCCCCUGGAGAUCCCUGAGAGCCACCUGCAAAGCCGUGGAAGGACCUCCCGAAGUUAGCCCCAGGGGUUCAGAGAAGCUCUCUACUCUACAACGAUGGCCGGUGACUCUAGGAAUGCUAUGAGCCAAGACAUGGAAAUAGGAGCCACUCCCCGGGACCACAAGAAGAUUCCCAAACAGGCACGGGAUUACAUCCCCGUUGCCACGGACCGCACUCGCCUGCUGGCAGAAGGCAAGAAGCCACGCCAGCGCUACAUGGAGAAGAGUGGCAAGUGCAAUGUGCACCACGGCAACGUUCAAGAAACCUACCGCUACCUAAGUGACCUCUUCACCACCCUGGUGGACCUCAAAUGGCGAUUCAACCUUCUGGUCUUCACCAUGGUCUAUACCAUCACAUGGCUAUUCUUUGGCUUCAUCUGGUGGCUCAUCGCUUAUGUCCGAGGUGACCUGGACCACGUGGGUGACCAAGAAUGGAUUCCUUGUGUUGAAAACCUCAGUGGCUUUGUGUCUGCUUUCCUGUUCUCCAUCGAGACAGAAACAACCAUUGGGUACGGCUUCAGAGUCAUCACUGAGAAGUGUCCAGAAGGGAUCGUACUUCUUCUAGUGCAGGCCAUCCUGGGCUCUAUUGUUAAUGCCUUCAUGGUGGGCUGCAUGUUUGUAAAGAUCAGCCAGCCCAAGAAGAGAGCAGAGACCCUCAUGUUUUCCAACAACGCCGUCAUCUCCGUUCGGGAUGAGAAGCUGUGCCUCAUGUUCCGGGUAGGGGACCUCCGGAACUCCCACAUCGUGGAGGCCUCCAUCCGUGCCAAGCUCAUCAAGUCCAGACAGACCAAAGAAGGGGAAUUCAUCCCCUUGAACCAGACCGAUAUUAAUGUGGGCUUUGACACCGGUGACGACCGUCUCUUCCUGGUGUCCCCACUCAUCAUCUCCCAUGAGAUCAACGAGAAGAGCCCUUUCUGGGAGAUGUCUCGUGCUCAGCUGGAACAGGAAGAGUUUGAAGUUGUGGUCAUCCUAGAAGGGAUGGUAGAAGCAACAGGCAUGACUUGCCAAGCACGAAGCUCUUACAUGGAUACAGAGGUGCUCUGGGGUCACCGAUUCACACCAGUCCUCACCUUGGAAAAGGGCUUCUAUGAGGUGGACUACAACACUUUCCAUGACACCUAUGAAACCAACACACCCAGCUGCUGUGCCAAGGAGCUGGCAGAAAUGAAACGGAAUGGCCGGUUUGUCCAGUACCUUCCCAGCCCUCCCUUGCUUGGGGGUUGUGUGGAGGCUGGGAAGGAGGCGGAGGCGGAGCAGGAUGAAGAUGAUGAACCCAAUGGACCGAAUGCGUCCCCGGCAACCAGGGGCUCAAUGUGAAGUCUUUGCUCUACUCAGAGCCUCUUCUUGCCAGACACCAAGGAGCCUGGGAGGCUAGAGAGGCCAAUUAGUUGAUGAAGCUUUGAGAGGUCCCAAGAGCAUGGGGAGCUCUACAGAGAGGAACCGGGUGUUGAGGCAAGCCUAGGCGUCUGUGGGUGAGAGCUUUAGCUAAGGCUGUCACCAGGGUGGGGUUCCCAUGGAGAGUUCUAGAGUGUCCUCUUCUCUCUCUCUCUCUCUCUCUCUCUCUCUCUCUCUCUCUCUCUCCUCUCUCUCUCUGACUACUGGCACCUGUUCACUUUUCUCCCUGAGUCUCAGGGUCCUUUAGAGACUGAUAGCACCACCCCUGAGGCCUUUGAAUUGAGGGAAGGGCACUCCUGUCCAUAGAUGCUCAGGCCUCCAGCUGAGGAUGAGUUGACAGAGGCCUUCCAGGAGCAAUGCCUUUUAGUCUGAGGCCAAAAA